AGCCUAGAAAAGCAGCUGAAGUUGAACAAUAGCACCUUUAGUCGUCAGCUGGCAAAUGAGAACCAAAAAGCUGUGGAAGCUGGGAUAAUUACAAGGAACUUGCAAAUGGAAAUUAACUCUCUUCACCAAAAAAUUAAGGAAAAGGAUCAGCAACUUUAUGUAAAAAAUAUCUAUGCAAAUCGGAUGCCUCGAAUCCCAAAAGACAAAAGUGGUCUGGUACCUCAUGAAAAAAGUCUUAGUAUAAAUAGAUCAGUACAAGUAGAUAAACAGAGUUUUAGAUCACUGCUGCUGUCACAGUACCAAACUCAGGAAACAGAAAAAAGUCCGAUUCAGCUAACGAAGGAGAACAAGUCUUCAGAAGAUAGCAAUCAAACAGCUAAAGCAAAUGAAGUGGACACAGAUGCCCAAUGUAGAACAGAAGAGCAAUCAACCAAGAAAAUACCAAAGCCAGAAACUUUUAAUAGAACACGUAGAGAAUAUUUAAGGGAGGGCAGACUACUGACGGAAGAAUACACGUGUUUGGAAUUUAUGAAAGAAGAAAGAGACGCGGAUUUGCUUAAACAGGAGCUGAAAAGACGGAUGAAAAUGGAACAAACUCCUCUAAGUGACAGUGUGAAAGAGAACAGUCAAGAGGAAGAUGCAGCGGAAGAACACAAAAAAGAAGAAAAAAAGCCAGAUGAACAGCUCAGUAACAGGGAGAAGGCAGGGAAUAAGUGCGUAAUUCCAGGUACAAGAAACAAAACACCCAUUAGGCUGGAAAAAAACCCCAUAUUCUCAGAAACCACAGAGAAUUUGCAUCACGAGCUUCUCACAUCAGGUACGAAGGCACAGGCAGGCCACCUGCCCGCCCACAGACACACAGGUCAGGGCGGCAGAGGAGCAGCGGAAUCUAAAGUGAGAAAUUCCUCUGGGCUACACGAACCAUGUUUUGGUAAAGUUACGGCAGCAAGGCAGAAGGACAGCCCCGCUGAAGCGGAAGGAUGCGCUCAUGUGACACUUGCUGAAAGCAGAAGUCUUAUGAAAGAACUCUUUGGCCCAGGCUGUCUUUGCAGAGACAGCCAUUCAAGUUCUAACAGGAGAGGAAUGAAGAAAGAGAAGUGA